AUGCCGCCGCGCUGGGAGGCGGCCGCGCUGCUCGCCGCCCUCGUCGGCGUCUGCGUGUGGACCGACGACCCCGGGAAGGUGGUGUCGGACCGCUACGCCGUGUACUGGAACCGCAGCAACCCCAGGUUCCACCGCGGGGACUACACGGUGGAGGUGAGCAUCAACGACUACCUGGACAUCUACUGCCCGCACUACGAGGAGCCGCUGCCCGCCGAGCGCAUGGAGCGCUACGUCCUCUACAUGGUCAACUACGAGGGGCACGCGUCCUGCGACCACCGGCAGAAGGGCUUCAAGCGCUGGGAGUGCAACCGCCCCGACUCCCCCAACGGGCCCCUCAAGUUUUCCGAGAAGUUCCAGCUCUUCACCCCCUUCUCGCUGGGCUUCGAGUUCCGGCCCGGCCACGAGUACUACUACAUCUCUGCUUCUCCCCCGAACAUGGUGGACAGGCCCUGCCUCAAGCUGAAGGUUUACGUUCGGCCGACGAACGAUUCCCUCUACGAGUCCCCGGAGCCCAUCUUCACCAGCAACAACUCGUGCUGCAGCCUCAGGGUGCCGCACGCCGCGCUCGUGGUGGUGCCGGUCUUCUGGACGCUGCUGGCCUCCUAGCGCCGCGGGGCGAGGUGCGGGACGGAGCGGGGCUGUGCUGCCGGCCAGGAGCCCCCCGGAGCCCCCCGCACCAGUGCAGCGCGCCAGGGGAGCAGUCCCGCACCAGCGGCGGUGGAACCGGGACGGAUCCUGCCCGCGCGCCUCGAGGGCUCCCUUCCCUGCAGCUCGCUCGGCUCCGGCUCCCCCGUAGGAUGUUGCUUUUUACAUUUCUAGACCAAAUAUAGAGUCCUGAUUUUUUUAUUAUUUUCGAUUUUUUUUUUUUUUUAAAGAUUUUUAUUUUUGUUGGCUCCGUUUUCAGUCCAGGCUUCCCUGUGUCAGACUGAACCGCACGGGGGGGCGCUGGGCGCUGAGCCCCUCUCCGGGGCCGUGAUGGCUGCGGCAUGGCACACUGCCUUCGCCCGGUGAGAUGGACACCGCCACGGUGCCGAUGGCAUGGACUCCUUCCCAGCCCGGCCGCCCCUCUUGCAGCAGGACGUCGCAGCGCACGGGGAUGGGGGACCCGGACGGACACGAGGCUUCUGGGGGGGUCCCCGAGCUACGAGCCCCCUGGGGUGACCCCUCCCCAUGGCUCGCACUGUGGAUGUCACCUCCGUCCCCACAGGGCAGCUCCGCCAGCAGCGAAGUGGCAGCACCCACGGGGAGCCCUGGGGGUUCUGGAUGGCACCAGGAGCCCCCCCAGGUGCUCAGCUGGAUCUGGGGCUGGAGCAGGGCCGACUGCUCCCCCCCCCGGUGCUGCAUUCCCUCUGUGUCAGCCCAAGCACUGCCUGUGCCCCCCCGGGGGCUGGAUUCCCCCCCACCGCCAGGAUGGAGCAGCUUUUUGGGUCUGCACCCCAUCCUCCUCGCCACCUCCCAGCUGCUCGUGGCCCCACGGGCUCGUCCCCAGCAUCAGCCGUGGGGGGCGGAUGGGGCCCCCCCUAUGAUUGUCCCCCCUGCUCUGCGGGGGGCUGGCACCGGGGCCACGGCUGCGCCGGGCUUUGGCUUCUUCUCCUCUUCUUUCUUCGCAUCCAAAAGGAAACCAUGGAAAAACCCCAUCGGCCCCAAAGCGCAGGGGGUGGGAGAUGAACCAGAGAGGGGCCCGGCCCCUCCUCGCCUUAAAUCCAGGACUGUGUCCCCCCCCCGGGGGGCUCACGCCGGGGGCGGUGGCCCCAGGACGCCGGCUCUGCCUGCGCCGAGCCCUUUCCACGGACCUUUUCCAGCCCCGUCUCUUUUCUCUGCGGGGGCCCGGGGGCCGCUCCGCUCUGUAAAUACAGCCGGCAGGCGCUAUACUGUGAGCGUUUUUUUAUGUAUUGUUGAGAAUGAAUUUUAUGGAAGGGUUUAUUUUAUUUUUAUUUGAUUAUUUUUAUUUUUUAGACUAGGACGCUGAAAUCUCGCAAUAAGCUCAUCUCAACCAUCC